CGUGUGUAAAUGUGGUUCGAUGGAGUUGCCAGGGUCAUUUUCUUGCAUCCGGAGGCGAUGAUAAGUUGGUAAUGAUAUGGAAGUUAACUGGUGAAGGAAGCUCGACAAUAUUCGGCGGAGGCGGGAAAGUUAACAUAGAAACAUGGAAAUGCGUUUUCACAUUAAACGCCCACACUGGAGACGUCCUGGAUUUAGCUUGGGCUUCUCACGACGGAUGGUUAGCUUCCGGUAGUGUGGAUAAUACUAUUAUUAUUUGGAACGCGCAUAAAUUUCCCGAAAAAAUUGCUGUUUUAAAAGGACAUACCGCAAUGGUUAAGGGAGUGACAUGGGAUCCGGUUGGAAAAUAUAUAGCAAGCCAAUCUGAUGACAAAACAUUAAGAGUUUGGAGGACCGCAGAUUGGACUCAACAAGAAAUUGUUUCUGAUGCCUUUGCAGAGUGUUCAGCGACAACCCACGUUUUAAGACUUUCUUGGUCACCUGACGGGCAGUAUUUGGUAUCAGCGCACGCAAUGAAUGGAGGUGGACCAACAGCGCAAAUUAUAGAACGGGAUGGUUGGAAACAAGACAAAGAUUUUGUUGGACAUAGAAAAGCUGUUACCUGUGUGAGAUUUAAUUCAAAUAUAUUAAAAAAAUUUUCUCCUGGAAGUCCAAAACCUCAACAGUAUUGUUGUUGCGCGAUUGGUUCGCGAGAUCGGUCAAUAAGCGUUUGGUUAACCUCUUUAAAACGACCUCUAGUUGUUGUUAAAGACGUUUUUGACGAUAGUGUUUUGGAUAUAUCUUGGAGCAGCAAUGGCUUAUAUUUAUUGGCUUGUUCAUGGGAUGGAAGUGUUGUCUGUAUUAUAUUUACUUCUGAAGAAAUUGGUGUUCCACUUUCAACAGCAGAAAAGAACUCUUUGUAUGAAAGAAUGUAUGGUAAAUCUCUUCAAAGAAAUUUGCUCAAUCAAAGUUUUUCUGGUAGUCAAAUUAUUGAAAAUCCAGAAAUAUUAUGUGCCAUGGAAGAGGUGAAUACUGCUGAAAGAAGAUCACAGGAAGUACCAAUGGAAGAAGAUGAAGCACCGAUAUUUGUAAAUACUCCCAUACAAGAAGAAUUAAACACCAGUAGUGUUUUAGUCCCAGUAAAUCAACAAGUUGAAACUAGAUUACCUAGUGGAAAACGUCGAAUAACACCAAUGUUUUUAAAACCAGCACCGUCCACAGCAGUAGCUUCAAAGGAAACAACUGAAGCUCCUACUAUAAAUGAAACUUCACAGUUCAGUAGUUCAUCGCCUUCUAAAAGUAAGAUUGUUGUUGUUCAAGAAAGUUCAAUGGAAAAACCGAGUCAACCUUUACAAAAAAGUGAAACCGCGAUUGUAAAUAAAGUAAUGUCGUCAUGUCCGCCAGGGAUGCAAAUUAAUCAAUUAUUGUGUUCAGAAGUGCCUGGUGAUCUUCCAAUUGUUAAAUUUAUUGAUCUCAUGGAACCUUUAAAAAUGCCUGCAGGAAAAUCUGUCAUGAAACGAAGUAGUAAAAUGAAGAUACAGGUAACUAAUUCUUGCCAAUCAGUUUCAAAAGGGACCUUAUCUAGACUGGAAGUUUUUAAAAACGAAGAAGAUAAACAGCCAAUUUGGGAAACUUACAUAGGAUCCGCUGUAAGAUGUAUAGAAGGAAAUAGGAAACUAAUAGUAGCUUGUUGCGAAGAUCUCAGCAUUAACACAUAUCUUAUAACAUCAGGAGCUAAACCAUUACCACCUCUUUUAAUAGAAGACGUAGUCGCUGCUUUAAGUCUUUCUGAGACUGGAAAUUGUUUGGUUUUAACAAAAACCGGUUUGAUGCAUAUGUGGAAUUUAGAACAAGGCAAAUCAGUAUUAAAUCGAAUAUCAGUGAGGAGUUUACUUUCCAAUAAAGCAAACGUUUCGAAUUGUAUCUUAUCCUCGGAAAAACCUCUUUUAACGCUAAGCGAUGGAAGAGCUUAUAUGUACAGUUUAGAUUUAGGAACAUGGAUACUUCUUACAAACCCUUUAGAUCCAUUGAGCAGAUCAAGUGGUGCUUUAACCAAAGGCGUUUUGCAUAAUUUACCUUUGGCGUCGUUGCAAAAAGGGAUGCCUUCUCAUCUACAAAACGAGGCGCUUCCUUCUGGGGUUACCCUAAGCUUCCUUGAGGCUCAAUUAAUAUCCAGUUCGGUUUUACGAUCUGCGACAGAGUUUAGACAUUGGCUUCUGGCAACCGUUAAUCAUCUGCUUGAAAAAGGUCCUGAAUGCAGAUUAAGAUCAAUUCUUGAUGAUCUUAUAGGCCCUAUACAUUCCUCAAGUAAAGAAUCAUCACAAAAAUAUGAUAUAAUGGGAUUAUCUAAAAAGAAGCUUUUGAAUGAAAUCCUAUCAUUAAUAAAGAUGAAACUGCCAUGGCAAAGACUGUAUAAGGAGUACAGUGAACAACUGGCACUCGCUAAUGAAUUACCACUUUAAGUGAAAGAAAUAAGUAUUUCUUGUUUUGUAAUUACAUCUUUAUAAAGAAAAUAAUGUUUGAGGAAAUUUUAAUGUAAAAAUUAAUGAAAUU